AUGGCCGCCACCCAGGGAACUCUCACCGUCUUCGAGCGAGAGUCAUGGUCAUCUCACGAGCGCCCGUAUGAACUCCUCUUCCAACCGCCGAAUGCCGACUUGCCAGUGUGCAACUACAGUGUAGUGCAGGUGCCCAACGUGCCUAUCUAUGCUCUGCGGCCAUUCAAGGACAAUCUCUCUCGAGGCCGGGAGGGCUUCUUGAUUGCCGACCUCGAGACGGAAAUGGAGUAUGAGGACUACUUCGAUCCGGAAAAACUAAAGUCCAAAUACAUGCCCGAGAUCAAGGCUUUGCUAAAGGAACAGUAA